AUGAAACUUUACCGGAAAUUGAAAGUAUUUAUUGCACUAUGCGUGUUAACAGUACAUGCUGAUUUUCCUUGCGCGCCUAGACAGUACAAUGAGUCAGUGGUAUGCGUUUGUAACGCAACAUACUGUGACACAGUCAGUAGAGUGGUUCCGGAACGGGGCACCUAUAUAAUGUACACAUCGUCUAAGACGGGUAAAAGAUUUAGUAAAAGCUUUGGACCCAUGCAACAGAAAACAUGUAUGAAUGAGAACCACGAGAUGGUAUUGGAAAUACACCCAGAUAAAAAGUAUCAGACAAUUGAAGGAUUCGGCGGGUCGGUGACUGAUUCCGCAGGAAUCAAUUGGAAGAGCUUAUCACCAGCGGCACAAAAACAUUUAAUCAACUCGUAUUGCAGUGAAGAUGGACUGGAAUACUCAAUGAUUCGCGUCCCCAAUAGCUCGACGGAUUUUUCUACUCGUUCGUAUGCUUACAAUGAAUACCCGGUUAACGACACAAAAUUAACGAACUUCACUUUAGCUCCAGAAGAUAUUUUAUACAAGGUCCCCAUGAUCCAAGCUUGUAUGAAAGCAGCCAAAGUUGACGUGGACGUGAUUACAGCUACCUGGGCGCCUCCUAGUUGGAUGUUAGUAAAGGAACAAAUCUCAGGGCUCAGAUAUCUUAAUGAGGAUUAUCAUCAGGCGUACGCUGACUAUCAGUGCAAAUUUGCCGAACUUUACAACCAACAAGGUAUUAAAAUAUGGGGACUGUCAGCUGCAAAUGAACCAUUGCUUCCCUUUAUAUACGAACUGAAACAAGAGGCCCAGAUAUGGUCUACGAAGAAAAUGGCGAAAUUUUUCAAGAACAAUUUAGGACCUACAAUUAGAAACUGUUCAGUGAAAGACAUUCGGAUAAUGGCUGCCGAUGAUCAAAGAUUCACACUUCCGACGUUAUUUGAUGAUAUAUCAAAAAUCGAUGGAGUCUUGGAUUACAUUGAUGGGGUAGCGGUGCAUUUUUAUUACGAUGAAACUACACAUCCAGCUAUACUUGCAAGGCUUAGUAAAAAACAUCCGGACAAAUUUAUUCUAUCCACCGAAGCAUGCGCAGGAUACCUGCCGACUGACAAGCUUAAAGUAGACUUGGGGUCGUGGAAGAGAGCUAAGACAUACAUCAAGGACAUACUUGAGAACCUUAACUAUAAUUUAGUUGGGUGGAUAGAUUGGAAUAUGUGUCUCGACAUGAAAGGUGGUCCGUCGUGGGUAAAGAAUUACGUUGACUCCCCGAUCAUAGUCGACGCUCAGAACCAAGAAUUCCUUAAGCAGCCGACCUUCUAUGCGAUGGGUCAUUUCUCCAAAUUCGUACCAAGAAAUUCUAGAAGAAUAAGAGCCUUGAAAUUAAUUCCGGAACAGGAUUCGGAUUUGGAACUGUAA